ACAGGCAAAAAGUGGGUGCCCUGGUUUCACCUCUGCUUACCCCUUCGGGAACAACGAUGUUAAGUGUGUGUGUGCAGUAAAGAAACUACAUCAUUGAUGUAUUGAUUUACAUGAAGUUCCUUCCCACAAAUAGAUGCUUGAGGGGAUGCCAUGAAGAAUAACAAUUUACUUGCAAAUGGAUACGCAUCAUAGCAAGAUUUUAUGCACUUUGUGUCCAGUUGUUAUAAUUAUGCUAUUAGGGCUACAAUUUUACUACAAUACAUCUUCGUAUAGAUAUCACAAAUCCAGUUUUUUUAAACACAUUACAUUCGGAAAGACGGAAUGCCCGAACUGCACAACGUAUGAAUCUUUUUAUGGCAAAAAUGUAGUACAGAUAUUGGCAAUACCAACAAGGCCUACGAAAAAUAUAUUCAUAUGCUAUUUAAACAUGUCUAGCCUAGGUCCAAUAUCAGUGAAUAAGACAAGACUUGAGUUAGAAUGGGUGGAAAAACAACAUCCCCAAGUGAAAUCCGGUGGUUCUUAUGCGCCCAAUAAUUGUCAUUCUAGACACAAGAUUGCGAUUCUAGUGCCCUACAGGAAUAGAGAAACAAAUCUGAUUAUCUUUCUUUAUUACAUACACACAUUAUUGAUGAAACAGCUGUUGGAAUACAGAAUAUUCGUAAUAGAACAAUGUGCUAAAGACAAAUUCAACAAAGGUACGUUGUUCAACAUUGGGUUCUUAGAAAGUCAACGUUACGGUUCAUGGCACUGCUACAUAUUCCACGACGUUGAUCUGAUACCUCUAGACGAGAGAAUAUUAUACCACUGCCCGAUGAACCCAACUCAUAUGUCUGCUGCUGUCGAAAAUCAUGGGUUUCAAACCCCCUACCUGCAAUUGUUCGGUGGUGUAACAGCAUUAACAACUGCCCAAUACAUAGCUAUUAACGGAUAUUCAAAUGAAUAUUGGAAUUGGGGUGCAGAAGACGAUGACAUCUUCAUAAGACUGCAAGCACGAAGGUUUCCUGUCCGACGAUACAAUCAAUCCAUUGCACGAUACGCAGCUUUACCUCAUGAACCUAAUUAUAUUAACUACAAUCGACAAAAAACUCUAAGUAAAGCAAAAAGAAGAUUUUGGCAGGAAGGACUUAAAUCUGUGAAGUAUAGGCUAUUAAACAAAACCAAUAGAAAAUUGUUUACCCAUAUUGUAGCUGACGUUAAUCCUUUAAACAUUGAAGUAAAAUAAAU